AUGCCGCUUGACACUAUAUAUCUCACUCGUCAUGGGCACCGUCUCAAUUGGACCAUUGAUGUCCGCACUGGAAUCUACAAGUCACAAUUUCCAACGCCAACAGGGAAUCCCGCAGACCCGGCGCUGACAUCCUAUGGUAUACGCCAAUCUCAUGAACUGGCUACACAUAUUGGCAGCCCGGGAUUCCACCCAAAGCCCUUUCGAGUCUACUCCAGCCCGUUUUAUCGGUGCUUGCAGACAAUCCAGCCGUCCGUUGAAGAGCUAAAGAAACAAAGCCAAGGACAUGCAGAUAGUGAGACAGGCCUAGGCGCUAUUGAUCCAGCUUCGAAUUUCGAAGUUCGGAUUGAGAAUGGCAUUGGAGAGUGGUUCGGCCCAACAACCUUCUUUGAACACCCGCCUCAUCCAACCCCCGAAACAAUGCAGCAGCACUUCCCGUCCAUUGUCCCACAAAAUCCCCUAAGCAUCUACAGCCCCAUCCUCCACCCCUCUCGACAGGGUGAGACGAUUCUUCAACUCCACAACCGCCUCGCAACGGCAUUAGCUGGUAUAAUCGCGGAUCUAGACGCUGAGAUCACCGCCCUGGAGUCAAACACCCCAUCGGAGCAACGAACUAGUAAAUCGGUACUGAUCUGCUCACAUGCCGCACCACUUAUUGCGAUGGGUCGUGUAUUGACGGGCCGAAUGCCAGAGGAUCCGUCCGAGGAGGACUUCUUCGUGUUCACGUCUGGGCUGAGCACAUUUCGGCGGCGUACCCUUGACGCUGGGAAUCAUGUAAAACGCAAGAGUUCUCCGGAUGAUCUAGCUGAAGGGACGGAACUUUUUCGUGCUAGAGGUGUACCUGAGUGGAUGGAUAGUGGUGUUGGAGGUGGAUGGGAUUGUGUGAAAAAUGGGGAUUGUAGCUUUUUGAGUGGUGGUGCUGAGCGGGGAUGGCACUUCAAUGGAGAGGAGUCUUUCGAUACUGGUCCUAUGGCACCGGUCUCGGGGUUACCUGCGACGAAACUCUGA